AUGACGAGAGGGUCGUUGGUGUUUGGCAAGCAUGGUAUUUUUACAUUUGUGCUCAAGGCGACCGCCGUCUUCAUUUGCGGCGGCUCCUCUCUACGGUUGGAGCUGAAACGACGUCGGAGAACCAGGCUCCAUCGGACGCACAUUGACUUGACCAUCGACAGUGAUGAAGAUCCUGCGGCACGAAAAGUUCGUGUCAAGCAUGAGAUCAAGAAUGAGGAGCCUCCCAAAGUGGCUAUGCUAACUCAACAAAUAAAUCCUGGCACUCAGCAUAUCACCGAGCAAGAAAUAACCGGCAACACUGCUGUAGUUACGACUGAUGCUCCAGCAACAACCAUUAUUGGACCCAGCACCACAUCCGCGGCGCCGCUCCCCUUCAGACCUACCACUCCCACUGUCAGGGAGUCAUACCAUUUUGUCAAUGUCACCUCAUCUCCACAGCCCAGAAAAAUAGUCUUCUCAACUCCAGUGACCUCUCACUCACCAGACAUUUCUCACGGAAAUGCCACAUCUCCCGAGACUACAGGGUCAUUAGACUCUUCGCGACCGGCACGUACUCACCCAAGUCACAAAUGUACACUUGAGACAUCAAGCGACGCUACCAAAUACAAGCACAACUCUCCGCAAUCGACGAGUACCAAGGCCACCAACCCAACAUCGUCACCUAAGGCGACCUUGAAGACACGCCGAACUCGUCGAACUAAGUCGCCUCGCGAAAUGGUGCAUAAUUAUUGGCUCUCGUUAAGAUAUUACUUCAAAAACGAAACAGGCCUCACUCUUCCACAAGGCGCUGCCUUCGAGAAGCUUACUCGUACUUACUCGCUAAAAUAUGGAAGAGAUUCCGAUGCUGAAACGCCAGAGGAACUACAUAAAAGGUUUGACUACAGAGUCGAACGGGACGGCGGAAAAUAUGAUGAAUUGCCGCCAACUCUGCGUCAGGAUCUCGCGUGGGUCUCAUCGUUCUGCCACGUCUGGUGGCCGGCCUACAAGAGCAUCCCGAGGCAAGAGGAACUCGAGAGACUGAUCGAGAAGGUGAUUCACGAUAUAAAAAAGGGGAGUUACAAUGAGGAAGACUAUCAUGAGAUUGCUAGCACGGGAAGAAUACCUUGA